AUGGAUCCUUUCAGCCUCACAGCCGGCGCCAUUGGUAUCACUAAUGUCGCCACGACUAGUAUUGUGGAACUGCGCAGCCUUAUCGAGAGUCUCUCUGAGGCUCAAGACGUAGUCGCAGACAUCGCCUCUAGCCUAGACAACAUAGAGCGUCCAUUAGCUGCGCUCGAACAACUCAGCAUCCCCAAUGAAGCUACUUCGGUCGCCGUUAAGGAGGACCUCUGUAAAGCCGGUGUCGCCGAAGCUGUUAACAGCUGCGGUGAUGCCUGCAAAAAGUUCCGGGAGGAUUUGACAAAGUGGACGAAGCAUUCGAGUGCGACAAGACUCUCUCUUCGAGACCGCUUUUCUGUCGGUGUUUGGAACAAGGAAAAGAUCCGUACGUUUCGCACACAGCUACAGUGGUGCGAGAACACUGUGCAUUUUGCUGUUACAAGCACGCAGCUUAUGGUUCAGCUACGAUCCGAGAAAACGUCUGAAGCCGACCGUGAAAGUAUGCAGAACCAAUUGCAGGCUAUCGAGACAAAAAUCAAGGAGCACAUCGACCUCACCAAAUAUCAGCAGGAAGAAACCCAGAGGAGGAAGCGCGAGCUAGAAGAGGAGCCUGAGGACGAGGAAGAUGGGGGUGCUGGUCGAAUAUUAGCUAUCCAGGAAGUCGAAAAGCAGUCACGGUUACUCGAGGCCGAUCAAGUGUCUUGCGGAGUAGUCUUCUCGCAGGUACAAUCCAAACGGAGUGGCCAGGAUAUCAAAAACAUCAUCACUUCAGCCAAUUCCAGCGCACUUGUAGGAAUGCCAGCAAGCGUAGUAGGAAAGGUCAACCAGCGCAUCUCGGACGUCAGAACUGAUGGAGGCUCAACAGCUUUUGUGGGUAUAUUCUAG